UUACGUGAUUUAAUGCGAUCACACAUCAGAACUAUUGCUUUCCUGCGUUGCACCUAGAAAAUUCCUGUAUUAAGCAUUUAAAAUCAUUAAAAAUCGUGUCUGUAGAUCAGUCACUUCAAUCUCACAUCGUUGCAAAAAUGCCAGCUGUUCCGGGAAGCAUGUAUGGACAGAACCAACAGCCGUCCUGUUUCGAUCGGAUGAAAACAGGAUUUACCAUCGGUUUCUGCGUAGGAAUGGCCAGCGGUGCAUUGUUUGGUGGAUUUUCUGCUUUGAGAUACGGACUACGAGGGCGUGAGUUGAUCAACAACGUCGGCAAAACCAUGAUCCAAGGUGGCGGCACAUUCGGCACCUUCAUGGCAAUUGGAACCGGAAUUAGAUGUUAAAUUACUUUAAAUAAUAUGUUAACGAAACCAAUUAUAAACCAACAACCAAAGGAAAGGAGCAUGUCAACAGCAAUAAAACAAUGUUCUACUCACCUUCGUGGGCAGUUUCCUCCGUGAAA